GCGGCGCCGCGAUGGGGAAUACACCCUCCCAAGAUCCCGAGCGGAGCAGCGCCCACAUGAUCUCGGCGGACGAUGCCGAGUACCCGCGGGAAUACCGCACGCUGGGCAACGGCACGCGGCGCUUCUCCAACGUGGGGCUGGUGCACACGUCGGAGCGCCGGCACACGGUCAUCGCGGCGCAGAGCCUCGAGGCGCUCACCGGCCUCCAGAAGUCGGAGAUGGAGCGCAAGCGGGACGCCUUCAUGGACCACCUGAAGAGCAAGUACCCGCAGCACGCGCUGGCGCUGCGCGGGCAGCAGGAGCGCAUGCGCGACCAGCAACCCAACUACUGGAGCUUUAAGACACGGAGCUCCCGACAUUCCCAGGGCUCCCAGCCCGGCUUGGCCGACCAGGCCAAACUCUCCUUUGCCUCGGCCGAGUCCCUGGAAACCAUGUCGGAAGCGGAGCUGCCGCUGGGCUUCAGCAGGAUGAACCGGUUCCGGCAGAGCCUGCCGCUGUCGCGCUCGGCCAGCCAGACCAAGCUGCGCUCGCCAGGGGUCCUGUUCCUGCAGUUCGGUGACGAGACGAGGCGCGUCCACAUCACCCACGAGAUCAGCAGCAUGGACACGCUGCACGCCCUCAUCGUGCACAUGUUCCCCCAGAAGCUCACCAUGGGCAUGCUGAAGUCGCCCAACACGGCCAUCCUCAUCAAGGACGAGGCGCGCAACGUCUUCUACGAGCUCGAGGACGUGCGAGAUAUCCAGGACAGAAGCAUCAUCAAGAUUUACCGCAAAGAGCCGCUCUACGCCUCCUUCCCAGCCUCGCACCUCACCAACGGCGACCUGCGGAGGGAGAUGGUGUUUCCGUCGCGGGAGUCGUCGCCCACGCGCCGCCUCAACAGCCUCUCCCCGGCCUCGCACCUGGCCUCGGCCUCGCCGCCGCCCGCGCUCCAGUCGGCCUCGCCGUCCCGCUCGCGCAUGUCGUACAGCGGCGGCCGCCCGCCCUCCUACGCGGGCAGCCCCGUGCACCACGGCGAGCGGCUCGGCGGCCUCCCGCCCGCCGCCGGCGUCUCGCCCAGCCCCAGCGCCAUCCUGGAGCGCCGCGACGUGAAGCCCGACGAGGACCUGGCCGGCAAGAACGUGAUGCUGGUGAAGAACGAGGGGCUCUACGCCGAGCCCUACGGCAUGGUGCACGAGGGCCGCCUGAGCAUCACGUCCACGCAGUCGCUGGCCGGCAUGGCCGAGCCCUUCGGCUACCCCGGUGGGCUCUACAAGAGGGGCUCCGUGCGCUCGCUCAGCACCUACUCGGCAGCCGCCCUGCAGACGGAGCUCGAGGAGAGCCUGUACAAGCCGGGCGCGCCGGUCUACGGUGACGCGUACGGGCCCGGGCUGCCCUUCCGCAUGCCGCCCUCGUCGCCGCAGAAGGUGCCCGACGGGCGCCUGGUAGACGUGCCGCCCGGGCAGAGCCCCCACAGCCCCUACUCGGGCCCGCCGAGCCGCUCCUCGCCCGUGCGCCAGUCCUUCCGCAAGGAUUCCUGCUCCUCCGUGUUCAUGGAGAGCCCCGUGAACAAGCCGCGCAACCCCGGCGCCGCCGGUGCSGCCGAGCUCUUCCCGGGCCCUGGUGAGCGCCCGCUCUCCGCGUUCGGCUCUCCSGUGCCGGCGGCCAAGGACGCUGAGACGAGGGAGCGCAUGGAGGCCAUGGAGAAGCAGAUCGCCAGCCUGACGGGGCUGGUGCAGAGCGCCCUGCUCCGCGGCUCCGAGGCCGAGACCCCCAGCGAGAAGACGGAGACCACGAACGGCGGGACCCCGCCGUCAGUGUCAGCCAGCCGGAGCGGCACGGGGACGCCGGUGCCCCCGCCGCCCUCGGCCACGAGCACGCCCGCGGGCCAGCCCACGGCCGUCACUCGCCUGCACAUGCAGCUGCACCUGCACGACCUGCAGCAGAACGCCAGCGACCUCCGCAACCAGCUGCAGCAGCUCAAGAAACUGCAGCUGCAGAACCAGGAGACGGUGAAGACCAUGCUGCGGCGGACGGAGACGGAGAUCAGCGUGCGGGUGACGGACACCAUGCGCAAGCAGGAGGACCCGCUGCAGCGGCAGCGCAGCUUGGUGGAGGAGGAGCGGCUGCGCUACCUCAACGAGGAGGAGCUCAUCACCCAGCAGCUCAAUGACCUGGAGAAGUCCGUGGAGAAAAUCCAGAAGGAUUUAGCCCACAACCACCGACUCAUCCCGGUGCAGGAGCUGGAGGAGAAGGCUGUGGUGUUGAAACAACUUGGGGAGACCCUGACAGACCUCAAAGCCCAGUUCCCCAGCCUGCAGAGCAAGAUGCGCGUGGUGCUGCGCGUGGAGGUGGAAGCCGUCAAGUUCCUCAAGGAGGAGCCCAACCGGCUGGACGGGCUGCUCAAGCGCUGCAAGGCGGUCACGGACACCCUCGCGCAGAUCCGCAGGCAAGUGGAGGAGGGCGUGUGGAGCACCCCGAACAGCCUCAGCCAGUCGCCCAAGAAAAUCGCCCCCGAGAGCGACUUCAGCAAAGGGCUGGAUUUGGAGACCCCGCCGAGCCCCCCCGUGAGCCUCCAUCACCUGCCACCCGUCCCAGAGCCCCUGGGCAUGGCCGGCUUUGGGCACAGCCCCCCCCAGACCCAGAGCCACCCCGGCAAGAGCAAUAACCCUGCCCGUGCUCCGGAGAUGGUUCCUGCCAAGACCCAGACGGGCCCGGAGCCCCCGAGCAAGAAGAGCGCCGACAAAGCCGUCUCCGUGGAGGCUGCCGAGCGUGACUGGGAGGAGAAGCGCGCGGCGCUGACGCAGUACAGCGCCAAGGACAUCAACCGCCUCCUGGAGGAGACGCAGGCCGAGCUCAUGAAGGCCAUCCCCGACCUGGAGUUCGCGGCCAAGCACAAGCAGAGCGCGGGCAGCGCCGCCUCCACGCCGGAGCACAAGCCCUCCAAGGCGCAGCACGCGACGAAAGCCACGGGCAAGGGGGACCCCAACGGCCGCCGGGGCUCAGAUGAGCUGACGGUGCCCCGGUACCGGACCGAGAAACCCUCCAAGUCGCCGCCGCCUCCCCCUCCUCGCCGGAGCUUCCCCUCGUCCCACGGGCUCACCACGACCCGCAGCGGCGAAGUCAUCGUCACCAGCAAGAAGGAGCCUGGUUUCAUGAAGAAAGCAGAGUCGGAGGAGCUGGAGACGCAGAAGCCCCAGGUCAAGCUGCGACGGACGGUGUCGGAGGUGGUCAGACCUGCUUCCACGCCCCCCAUCAUUGCCUCUGCCAUCAAAGAUGACGAUGAUGAGGACCGCAUCAUUGCGGAGCUGGAGGUGUUUCAGAGAAGCUCAGCCUCCCCUUUCCUCCCCAAGCUCCGUUUCGAGCCGCUCGCGGCUGCCGUCUCCCCUGGGCACGCAGACUUGUGGCCCAACGGAGCCUCCGGUGCAGCCCAAGGAUGGAAGAGUGGCGGCGUCUCCAUCCCGGCCAUGAAGAUGGUGAACCCGGCGUCGAGGCUGAAGCAGAGCCAGCAGGGCAGCCCCGACAAGAGCAAGCACAUAAAGCAGCGAAUGGAGUACAUGAGGAUCCAGGGACAGCAGCAGGUAGUUUAUCUCUAGAGCCGCCUCGCCGGCUCCGCUCGAAGCAGCGUGAGCUGCAAGCGAGCCCGGAUCCUGCUUGGUCCCYACGGUCCACAGGGGUGGUGGGCAGAGGGGUCUGCCCUCGCUAGGUGCCCUCGCUGGCACUGCCGAGGGCCUGGGGACCUGCUGCUGGACGGGAGGAUCCCUUGUGUUGUCUGGGCACGAUGGUUUCUUGGGCAUGGGGACACCACCCUGCGCAUUUGAUGCAGCAGGAGGUCCCCGAGUGCCAGGGCUGAGCCCCRGGCUGAGCGUGGGGCAGGGGCUGUGACGCCCUUGUCCCCAGGGACCCGUAGACCUCUCAGAAGAGCAUCUUGGGCUCUGGUGACGAGAGGCUUGGUGUCGCAAGCAAGGCGUCUGGUGCAGCCUGAGG